ACAACUAACAUGUUUUAAUAAAGCAAACAAUAAAAACUGAUAGUACUUUAUACUUAAGAAUAUAAUAAAUCUGAAAAAAAUAAUUCUGAUUCAGGUUAUUUGAGACUGAUAGAUACAUUGUAUAGGCUCGGAUCUUCACUAUUUUUUAUAAAACCUAAUUGAUAGCCUUAUAGUUGUGAAUGGGUCUCCUUUGUCUCUUGGCAACCACUAUUUUUAGACCACCACUGACCUCACCCCUGGCUUCUCACUCCUGACCUCCCUCUGUAAAUAGAGUAAAUCUGCAGAGAAGCUGGAACUGUGUUCAAGAGAGUGCAGUCAGUUUCACACAAUUGGAAAUCCUGCCCUAUCAAAAUUCAUGAAGUCAUAGACUUUGUUCAGUCAAACAUUGGUACAGCUCCUUUGCAAACCCUCUUUAUGAACACUGAAAGUUAACAGAUGGAAGAGAUGGAGUUGAAGCACACAUCCCUAAUUCCCUGUAUUUGAUUGGAAACCAGAUGUCUGAAUAAGGCUGCUCGGAAACUUGUAUUAAACAAAAUUCUGGAUUUAUUCAACACUUACUGUUACGCACUGCAUCUUGACAUCCUCAACUAAUAAAUAUACAUCAUAAGAUUUUUUUUAUUGCAUAUUUAUAUUGGGAGAGAUUUGGGACUAGCACAUAUCUUACUAUCUGAAUUUUGGCUAUAUCUGCUGAAAUCCAGAAUUCUAGGAGUAUCUGAAGUGUUUUGAAAAAGAACAUAAGAAACUGACUUAUUCUGAGUCAUACCAUUGGUCGAUGUACUCUAGUAGUAGUAAUCAUGACUACUUUCAGCUCUCCAGGAUUUCUUCCUAGUAAGGAGUAUACUCAGACCUACUACAUCACCUUCAGUCCAAGGAAACGGCCUUGGUUCUUAUGAACUGGAUGAAGUUGAACAAAAUUGAAAUUCAAUCCAGACAAAAGAGAAAGUGUAUAAGCAAAGCUUCUAGCAAUCGGGACAUUUGGAGCAUGUGGAUCUUUCAGCUUUAGAUAAUAUUUCAAGAAUUUAUCUCAUCUCAUCAUUCAGUUACUAUGGAAUAUUUAAAUGACAUAACUUCAAAACAAUUCCAUCACAUAUGAUGGCUAACAUACACACUCAUUUUUCAAUAAGCUUUUUUUUUUUUUACAUUUUCCUGACUUUAGCACUAGCUGCUCAAGUAACAAGUCAUAGUUGAAAUUUCUCUAAGCUGCUUUUCUUACCUGUUCUACUUUACUUAGAAGUCUCAUUGAACUCAUUGGGAAUCAUUCUUAGUCUUAACCAACAGUUUCCUUUUCCAGCACAUUCAUUUAUUUUUCAUUUGUUGGUUCAAGUUCCAAUUUUACUUUUUACCAGUUCAGUUCCACUAAUGAUCAGCAUAUACCAUGUAAAUAUUACACUCCCUGCCUGUUGUGAUAAUGCUCGAGAUAUAUAUGGUAGACCGUGCCAUUUGGCCCAAGUUGCUUCUUGUUGUUGUUGUUUUUAAAAUAUAUAUUAGUGUAAUUGCAAUUCCUGCCUUUUUAAAAUCUGUUAAAUCACGUGAAGGAAAAAGAAGGAGGGUGCCUGUAGGCUGAUUAAAGAUAGGCUAUUCCUGAAACUCCCUGGAAUUAAAUGUACUAAUCAGAUUCUCAGCUUAAGUGACAAAAAUAGUAAUGAAAAGAACUAGAGCAGGCCAAUAAUACUAACAAUGCUUAACAAGACCUGUCUAGUCUUUUCUUUGUUGAAAUGCCAGUUUUUGCUUUAGACCUCUUGGAAAAAUAGAAUUUGAUGAGAGCAGGAGGAAGGCAGAGAAACAGACGGCCUCGGCAUGAGCAGAAAAAGGAGGAGAAGCUGCAAGGGAAGGAAGAGCUUGGAUACCCAAGAAAAUGAACAUCUGCCUAACCUCUGCAGAUGUCAGCAAAAUGUAGAUGUUGAAAACAGAGGAGGCAAGGAUCCAUCAAAAACUACUAUGAAUGAAGCCAUGGACAUAGAAGAACCUGAUAAAAACAGACAUUCUUGUAAAUUAAAGUGUGUGAAAAUAGGUGACAGAGACAGCUUUGAAAAUGAAGAGCAAGAUUAUACAUGUGACAGUGCAAAAGAAGGAAAACAAGAAAAAGAGUGUCCUUUGGGUUUUCCUAGUGAGCAAGAUGUCUUAGCAAUGGUGAACACUGAUGAAUCAAGAACCACAUCAAAUGGGAAAGCAACCAUGGAACACAUUUCAGAAACUGUACACUGUCAUCAGUCAGAGAAUGCAUUUGCUGCAGAAGUGAAAUGUGGUUCCUUCAAUGUAAAAUUAGAAGUGAGCAAAAAUUCAUUGUUUGAUACUGGAGCAGAAAUUGUGGCUGAAAAAUGGAAAAACCAUAAGAAAAGAAGGUAUCACAGGAAGCACUGUUGUAAGUUGCAGAAAGCCUGUAAUCCUACUACUGAUUUUUCUGGAAAACAUGAAAUACCAUCAAAAUUUGCAAUCCAAGUUGCCAGUGACCAAAAUCCUUUAGUGAAAGUAUCUAUUGUUGGAAAGGAAAUCAAGGUAAAAUGUAUCAAUGGGAAGCAGAAAUUAACAGUCAGUAUUGAACCUGGUGAUGAAAAAAAGAAAUGUGGUCAAGCUUGCAACUCAAAUUAUAGAAAUGAAUUUGCCCAGGAUACUGAUUAUUCGGCAGCAGAGGCAUCUUACAAUUCAGAUUUUGAAUCAGACUUCAGUUUUCAGGAGAAAGAAGAAUCAUUCACAAGUUACAUAUGCCCCGAGUGGUAUGCACUUAUUCCUCCACCAGAUGAGUUUGCUGACUCUGAGGAGACUUCCACAACUGAGGGUGUUUCCUUAAGUCUGGCAGACGAUAAGAACGUAUCUGAUACAGUCUCAGUUGCCUUAAAUAAUGAUGGCAGAGUUGAUUUGUGUCAGGAGAAAGAUGGUGAAAUGAUGGGGUAUGCCAAUGCAAAAAAUUUCUGUAAGGACAUGUUUUUUUCAGAAUUUAGUUAUACUGGGGAACCUCCUCAAGAUGAUUACAGUUCCAGUGAAACCCAUUUUGGAAAUAAGCCUAAUGGAAUGAGUGAUGUGCACCAAAUAAGGAACACUAGCCUGACUGAUACAAGGAAUAUUAUGGUAGUCUCACAUAUGGAAGCAAGCACCUCAAGAAGAUACUCUUUCCCAGCCACUUCUGUUGAUAUAUUGUCGUCAUUCUCCCCUAGAAGAGAUUCAGGUUUUUAUUCAAUGCCAUCUUUAUCCUUAAAAGUCCUGCCCAAGCCAGGCAAAACAUCAAGUAUUUGCACUAAGAGCCACCAUGCAACUAUCAGCAGUGCAGAGCUCUCAUCCAGUUUCACAUCAUUGCUCAGUAAUCUCAGAGAUCUUAAAUCUUCAUGCUCCUAUGCCUUCACCUCUUAUGACUAUGACAUGACUGUAUACCAUGCUGAGCUGGAAGGAAAACUAAGCAGUGCAUUUUUCAUGGAUCAUUGUUUUGAAUUGAUGGAGGACUGUAGAGAAAUCGACCAGAUGGCUGUGGAAGAUUUUCAAUCCCUUGCUAGUUCAAGUAGAGAACAAAAGGAGAAACGCAGAUCAAGUGAGCCUCUCAUACGAUUAGAUAUGUUUGAGGAAUAUACUGAGUUUGCCAAAGGUGAACUUGGUAGUGAGAUUCAAAGGGGCAAUCACCAUGAAGUUCAAACCUAUUGUGACUUAGAAAGCAAAGCACCAGUAUAUCAAGGUGGCUUGAUUUCCAGGCACCCAUCAAGUUUAAGUACAGAUCACAGUAACAUUUUUCCUAAAGUUCCUACAAAUUGCAUUCAAAGUGAACACCCAGUUCUGCAACCUGAUGGAAACACUCAGCUAAAUCCUAAAGAAUCUGAAGGGAUAACAAAGAAACGUCGAGGAUCAGUUAUGACUGUAAUAACUGGAGAACUAGAACGAAAACUUAUUAUUCGAGCUGACAACAAGACUAUUGCAGAUUCUUUAGAUGUAACAAUGAAAAAGGAGUCCAUACGGCCCUGCAGUAUAAGGGAAACUUUUAUGUCACCUCUAUUAGAUGUUGAGGAACCAGAACUGGAUAAUGACUUCCAAAGCUUUACUACAGUGCAGGAAAUGUCUGAAAUCAUCCGCACACAUUCUAUACAUGAAGAUAUUUCUGCUCAGGACACUUCGGUUUCUAACAAUGUAGAAGAUGAGCAACAUUUGGUUGGUACAUUUCUCACAGAAGCACCAGAAAUGGACUCCAGCAGCCAAGAUGAAUCCCUAUCCAGUCACUGUGAAGCACAUUCAGUUGAAGAUGAAGUGCCAGAGUUACUCAAACUCAGCUGUGAAAAUCUUAAAAUGCAAAGAGAAAUAAAGGUGGAUGUACACCAGAAUCCAGUCACAUUAUCGCCCAAAAUCCAGGUCCAACAUUCAGGAACAGCAUUAGAAAACACAAGCAUAACCUUAUCCAGUGAGCAAGUAUCAAGAGAUGAAAGUAUUAGCGAAUGCAUUCAGGAAGAACCCAUAGAUCGCUGGGCCCUACGGAGGAAACAAUUCAAAAACAGCAAAAGGGGAAGUUCAGCUGGAGCAAGUUCCAUAACCAGCACUCUCACAGAAGGAUCAAUAAACUCAGAAGAUGGUCGUUCACUGGAUCUAGGUCUUCAUAGUGAAAGUGAGGAGAGAGGUUUCUACACAGAGAUCUUUCAUUCAACUUCUUGGGUUUUCAGAGGGGAUGAUGCCAGUCCAGAUAAUAGCCCCAGGUGUCUUAGCAAAAGGCCGAGGCCAGUAGCUGUUCGUGAAAGAACUGUGAGGAUUGCAAAAGGAACUGGGGAUUACCCCUGGGGAUUCCGAAUCCAGUUUUCAAAGCCAAUCUUGGUGACUGAAGUGGACACCAACAGUGCAGCAGAAGAAGCUGGUCUCCAGAUUGGAGAUAUUGUGAUGGCUGUCAAUGGCACAGAUGUCACCAGUAUGCCACACUCAGAAGCUGCAAAUCUGGCAAGAAAAGGUCCAGAUAUCCUGACCUUGUUAGUUGGCUCUGAUAUCAGCCGUUGCCCCAAUACCCCUCGUCCAACAUGUCGGGGAUAUCUGCAUAAACGGACGCAGUCAGGUUUCCUGAAGGGCUGGAGGAAGAGAUGGUUUGUGCUAAAACACGAUGGUUGCCUUUACUACUAUAAACACAAAAAGGAUGAAGGAAAGAGCAGACCCUUAGAAGUAACCAAGUUAGAAGGGGCUGAAAUUGGCAUGGAUAGCAGCCUUGGCAAACCUUUUGUAUUUAAGUGUGUUCCUCAAACAGGAAACAGGACUUUCUAUUUCUGUGCCACAUCAAACCAAGAGAUGAAGAGAUGGCUAGAGGCAAUGGAGAAAGCUGUGCAUCCUGUUCAUCAGAACCAUGUAUGGGUAGAUGUGACCAUGCACAAUACCAGCCUUCCACCACUUGCUAUCAAAAACCCUGAAUGCUUGGGGCUUCUUCACCAACUGGACAAAAACAAGGACAUGUGGGUUCAACACUACUGCAUCUUGAAAGAUGGCUGCUUAUACUUUUAUGCCAGCAUACGCUCUACACAUGCCCUUGGUGGGAUAUACUUGCAGGGAUACACUGUGAGUGAACAGGCCCUUGGCUCUAGGAGAUCUGUGAUUGAAGUGAAAGCACCUUCUGAGGAGUUUAAAACUUUUUAUUUGUGUGCUGAAAGUGUGAAUGAAAACAAACGGUGGAUUAAUUCACUGAAAGCUUCUGUCAGUAAGUGGCUUCCAUUAAACCAGGCCAUUCAAGACUUCAUGAACCGACCAUUGGAGGAGACCAGGAUGUGAAGGCAUUCUAGUCUCUGGUGUGCAAUUUCAGAAAAAAGGAAGCUGGUACAGGCCUGGUCUUUGUUGAAAAAUAAUAUAGUAACAUUUCACAGUGGUAUGGGUUACAACUCUCAUGAGUUACACAUUACACAAUUUUGUAAGCGUUAGUAAAUAAACAAAAAGUCAUGCACUUGAA